AUGGCUGCGAGAUCCCAGCCCAGCGCUCCCAAAACCAAGAGUCCAAGCAACGUCUCCAAUGGCCGGGCUGAAUGCCAAGGGCAGUGGGGUCGUGCCUGGGAGGUGGACUGGUUCUCCUUAGCGAGCGUCAUCUUCCUGCUGCUCUUUGCGCCUUUCAUUGUGUACUACUUCAUCAUGGCGUGCAACCAGUACAGCUGCUCCCUGACGGCCCCCGUGGUGGACAUCGUCACCGGGCGGGCCCGCCUCUCGGACAUCUGGGCUAAGACCCCGUCAGUGACAAAGGAAGCAGCCCAGAUCUAUGCCGUGUGGGUCGUAUUCCAGGUGGUUUUGUACUCACUGCUUCCUGACUUCUGCCAUAAAUUUGUGCCCGGCUACGUCGGAGGGGUUCAGGAGGGGGCGGUGACUCCUGCAGGGAUUGUCAACAAAUAUGAGAUUAACGGCCUGCAGGCCUGGCUCAUCACCCACCUCCUCUGGUUUGCCAACGCCCACUUCCUGUCCUGGUUCUCCCCCACCAUCAUUUUCGACAACUGGAUCCCGCUGCUGUGGUGUGCCAACAUCCUUGGCUACGCCGUCUCCACAUUUGCCAUGAUCAAGGGCUACCUGUUCCCCACCAGCGCCAAAGACUGCAAAUUCACAGGCAAUUUCUUUUACAACUACAUGAUGGGCAUUGAGUUCAACCCUAGGAUUGGCCAGUGGUUUGACUUCAAGCUGUUCUUCAAUGGACGCCCCGGCAUUGUUGCUUGGACCCUCAUUAACCUGUCCUUCGCCGCUAAGCAGCAGGAGCUGUACGGCCGGGUGACCAACUCCAUGGUCUUGGUCAAUGUCCUGCAGGCCAUCUACGUGCUGGACUUUUUCUGGAAUGAAACCUGGUACCUGAAGACCAUUGACAUCUGCCACGACCACUUUGGAUGGUACUUGGGCUGGGGAGACUGCGUCUGGCUGCCGUAUCUUUACACCCUGCAGGGCCUGUACCUGGUCUACCAGCCCGUGCAGCUCCCCACCCUCCAUGCCGUGGGCGCCCUGCUGCUGGGCCUGCUGGGUUACUACAUCUUCCGCAUGGCCAACCAUCAGAAGGAUCUGUUCCGCCGGACGGACGGGCGCUGCCUGAUCUGGGGCAGGAAGCCCAAGGUCAUUGAGUGCACAUACGUGUCGGCCGACGGGCAGAAGCACCACAGCAAGCUGCUGGUGUCGGGCUUCUGGGGCGUGGCCCGGCACUUCAACUACACAGGUGACCUGAUGGGCAGUCUGGCCUACUGCCUGGCCUGCGGCGGCGGCCACCUGCUACCCUACUUCUACAUCAUCUACAUGACCAUCCUGCUCACACACCGCUGUCUGCGGGACGAGCACCGCUGCGCCAACAAGUACGGCCGAGACUGGGAGCGCUACACUGCCGCUGUGCCCUACCGCCUGCUGCCCGGUGUCUUCUGA